AUGGCGAAAGGAAGCGAUCGCGCCGGCAACAGCAGGCUGCUAUCGCUCCCCGACGAGCUCCUCCAAAUCAUUCUUAGCCUCGCAGAUCACCCAUCCGAUCGCCGCAGCGUCGCGCUCUCCUGCUCCCGCCUCCGCCGCCUCUCUCGACGCACGCCGCACGCGCUCCGCCUCGAGUAUUACUCUUUGCGGCGAAGGGUUGUGAAUCUGCGACAAUGGCUGAAAGCGUUUGACGAUUAUUCAAGGGGCUCCCUCGCAUCCCUCGCUCUCUUCCCCACCCUCUCCUCCCUCUCCCUCCACUCCUGCACCAUUGAUCCAAACGAACUCCACUCCUUCUCAUGCUCCCUCCACUCCCUCUCACGCUCCCUCCACCAUCUCACCCACCUCACCAUCCACUCCUGCCCACUCCUCUCCUCCCACUCCCUCAUCCCCAUCCUCCAAGCCAACCCAGCUCUCUCCUCCCUCUCCCUCCACGGAACCACCCACCGUCUGUUCGGACCACAGGGCCUCCGUUCCCUCCUCGCUCACUCCUCCUCCCAGCUCCACUCCCUCCACCUCGCCGGCCUCCCCUGCUUGCGCCCGGGCCUGCUUGCAGACUGCAGGGGCCUGAGCGCGCUGAGUCUGGAAGGGGUGAUCGACCCUCCGGGGCGGCAAUCGCCGCGGGAAGUGUCUCUGGACGGCCUUGUGAGUAUGCUCGUGCGCGUGGAGCGGAUCGGGGGUGCGGGGGGGCGGGCAGGAGGGGAGGCAGGAAGGGAAGCAGGAGGGGAGGCAGGAGGGGAGGUUGGAAUGGAAGGGUGGGAGAAAGGAAAGACGGGUGUUUCUGCAGCCGCAGCAGCUGCAGCGUCACGGAUAGCAUUGCGGGCAGCAGCAGGGAGUGGUGGGAGAUACGUGGAUUUUCGCACAGAGGCAGCGGCGGCUCAGGCAGACAAGUUUGAGGCAACACAAAGCGCAAUCAAUUUCUUCGAAGCUGCUGAAGAAGCCAUUGAGAUUGCCCAAUCCGACGCUCGCUGGCCAGCGCGUGCAGAGGGAGAGAUCGAGGCCGCAGGGUUUUUUUCUACAGAUCCAAAUUUUGGACAAGAGGACGUGGAUGGGGAGGAGGAAGGGGAUGAAUUGAGGGGCAUGGAUGGCCUUCUGGCCGUUGAUGGCUUGCCUGAGAGUGCGCCAGGUGGGGUGCAGUCCAGUGCGGUGGAGACACAUGAAGAGGUGUUGGGCAUGGUGAGGCCACUGACGGAGGAGCUGAGGGAGCAGCGUGUAGCCGUGCGUGAAAACUUGCAUUUCCUGCGCCAUCUCAACUCCUCCUUGGGAUCCACUCCAGCGCUACCAGUGGUGGGUGCGGUAGCAGGGGAGGCGGCAGCAGGGGAUGUGGCAACAGGGGAUGUGGCAGCAGCAGGGGGGGUCGCUGCAGGAGAGGCAACUGCAGGGAAAGCGACAGCAGGGGAAGUGGUAGCAGGGGAGGCGGCACCAAAAGAUGGACAAAUAAGCAGCCGCAAGGCAUCAGGCGAAUAUCCCAAGGGGUUCCAAUCAGCAGUCCCUGUGCAAGUAUUCUGCCCUCGCCUGGACUCCUUAACCCUCCAAACGCUCUAUUUCUCCCCCACUCCCUUCGUCUCGUGGCUGCCUACAACGCUUCCCUCUGCAUCUCCUCUCAUGUAUCUCUCCCCCCCCCUCACACCUUCCACUUCUCGCCACUCAUCUUUCUCCUCCUCCACCUCUUGCCUCUUCUCCCCUUCCCCUGGCCCAAGCCCAAGCAUUCAGCCAACCCUCCUAACCUCUCUGGAGCUCAACUCACGCUAUGCGCGCGCGCGUCUCUCCUACACCCGGCAGCCGCCACUUCCCCCCGUGCACCUCCUCCCCUCACUGCAGUCCCUCUCUCUCCUCUACGUUCCAUCCGACUACAUCUCCAUUCCCCGCUGCUCCUCCCUCACCUCUCUCACUCUAUGGGCUCCCGAAUCCUCCACACUAUCCUCCCUUGCCUUCUCCUCAACUUCCCUUGUCUCCUCCUCCUCCUCCUCCUCCUCCUCCUCCUCCUCCUCCUCCUCCUCCUCCUCCUCCUCCUCCUCCUCCUGCUCCUCACCGCUUUCAUCCGCCCUCCCAUCCCCUCUCCGCAUGUCGCUCACAUCUCUCACGAUCCACUCCGCCAAACUUCAGGGCUCCCUCGCUUCACUCUCCCUCUUCCUCUCCCUCGCCUCCCUCUCCCUCCACUCCUGCACCAUCGACCCAUACGAACUCUGCUCUCUCUCACGCUCCCUCCACUCCCUCACCCACCUCACCAUCCACUCCUGCCCACUCGUCUCCUCCCAAUCUCUCGUCCCCAUCCUCCAAGCCAACCCUGCUCUCUCCUCCCUCUCCCUCCACAGCACCACCUACCGUCUGUUCGCCGCACAGGGCUUCCGGUCUCUCCUCUCGCACUCCUCCUCCCAGCUCCACUCCCUCCACCUCGCCGGCCUCCCAUCCAUCCGCCCGGGCCUGCUUGCAGCCUGCAGUGCCCUGCGGUCGCUCAGCCUGGAAGGGGUGGUCGAUUGUGCCUCAGACUCCUUAUUGCCACGCGCUGUAUCAUUGGACGGCCUUGUGGGUAUGCUUGUGAGGGUGGAACGGAGAGGAGGAGGAGGGCGGGGAACGGAGGCAGGAGGGGAGGCAACAACGGAUGGUGGGGCAGACGUGUCAGAGGAAGCACAUCCGAGUGCUUCUGCAGCAGCUGCAGCAGCACGGGUAUUCCCGAGGGGGGGCGACAAGCAGUGGGGAAAGUACGUGGACAUUCGCAGAGAGGCAGAGGCAGCGCAGGAAGAUAAGCUAGCAGCGGUGAGCGAUGUGGUCCGUCUCUUUCAAAUAGCCAAUGAAGCCUCUAAAAUCGCCCGCUCCGAUGCGCUCUCGGCGGCGCGCGUGGAGGGUGAGAGCGCCGUGCCUCGGAUUGUUGCCAGCCUCGGGAAGAUCAGGUUCGGGAUUUCGGCGUGCCGGUCCUUCUGCGCCGGGGUACGUGAGGCCAAUGCGGCGAUCAAGUGGGAGGAGGCGCUGAUGCAGGUGCUUGCUGCUGUUGCUAGUGCUGCUACUGCUGCUGCUGCUGCUGCUGCUGCUGCCUCCAAUAUGGCUAUUGCGGAUCAUUCACCUGCUGCUGCUGCUGCUGCUCUCCAGGCAGCAGGGCUCUUUACUACGGAGCUGAAUCCUGAAGAUGAGGAGGACAGGGAUGGGGAGGAGACAGAAGCAGGAGAUGGAAGCAGGGGCACGGAUGACAUGCUGGGUGGGGUGCGGUCUGAUGUGGUGGAGACACGUGCAGAGGGGGUGGAGAGGCUGCAGGCGCUAAUGGAGGAGCUGGGGGAGCAGACUGACGCCAUGUCUGCUAGCUUUGAUUCCAUGCGCCCACUCACCCCCACCCUGGCUCGGCCAGUGGUGGAUGCGGCAGCAGCAGGAGGUAGGGCAGCAACACCAGGAGGAGGAGGUGGAGCAGCGGGAGGUGCAGCAGCGGGAGAAGGAGGUGCAGCAGCGGGAGGUGGAGCAGCGGAAGAAGGAGGCGGAGCAGCGGAAGAAGGAGGUGGAGCAGCGGAAGAAGGAGGUGCAGCAGGAGGUGCUGCAUCCGCAGGAGGAGGAGCAGCAGAUGGAGCCGCAGCAGCUUAUGCGAUGACAGCAGUGCGUGAGGGAAGAGCAGCAGUGCACGGAGUGAGAGGAGGGGCAGCAGAAGCAUCGCAGCGGAAGCUGUGUCUUCUGGAGGCUUCCAGACUCGUUAUUUUCGGUCAGCUCGUGAUGGCGGAAGACAGAGAAGGCGCCGACCAUAGUAGGUUGCUAUCUCUCCCCGAUGAGCUCCUCCAAAUCAUUCUCAGCCUCGUGAAUCACCCAUUCGAUCGCUGCAGCGUCGCUCUCUCCUGUUCCCGCCUACACUGCCUAUCGCGGCGCACGCGGCAUGCGCUCCGACUCCAGUUCCACUCCAGAUCAAGGGCUUUGAAUCCGCGAGAAUGGUUGAAAAAGUUUAACGAUUAUUCAGGGGUAUUUACCCAUGUGACGUAUCUGACCGUGGAGGUCGCCAGUGGUCUCGGGGACCAGCUGAUUGCAGGGAUUGCAGCGGGCUGCCCGAAACUGGAAAAAUUGAAGCUGGUCAUGUCGGCAUGGGAUAGCUUCAACGUCAACGGUCCAGCGUGGCGAGAUCUCGCGAAGCAAUGCCCGCUCCUGGCUUCAUUGGAGCUAAACUCGCCCUCUGCGCGCUCGCGUCUCUCUCACACACAGCAGCCGGUGCUCCCCCCCCUGCACCUUUUCCCCUCACUGCAGUCCCUCUCUCUCCUCUACGUUCCUUCGGACUAUUUGUCCAUUCCCUGGUGCUCCUCCCUCACCUCUCUCACCCUCUGGGACCCUGAAUCCUCCACUCUCUCCUCUCUUGCUUUCUCCUCCUCCUCUCUUGUCUCCUCCUCCUCCGCCUCCUCCUCCUCCUCCUCCUCCUCCUCCUCCUCCUCCUCCUCCUCCUCCUCCUCCUCCUCCUCCUCCUCCUCCUCCUCCUCCUCCUCCUCCUCCCCCCAUGCUUCCUUCUACUCACUUGCCCCCUCCACUUCCUCCUCCUGCCUCGCGUCCUCCCCUCCAUCCGCUCUCCGCACGACUCUCACAUCCCUUACGAUCCACUCCGCCAAACUGCAAGGCUCCCUCGCUUCCCUCGCCUUCUUCCCCUCCCUCUCCUCCCUCUCCCUUCACACCUGCACCAUCGAUCCAUAUGAAUUUUCCUCCCUCUCACGCGCCCUCCACAAGCUCACCCACAUCACCAUCCGCUCCUGCCCGCUCGUCUCAUCAUACUCCCUCGCCCCCAUCAUCAAAGCCAACCCAGCUAUCUCCUCCCUCUCCCUCCACGGUACCACCUACCGUUUGUUCGGUGCACGGAGCUUUCGCUCCCUGCUCGCUCGCUGCUCCUCCCAGCUCCACUCCCUCCACCUCGCCGGCCUCCCAUCCCUCCGCCCAGGCUUGCUUGCAGCCUGCAGUGCCCUGCGGUCGCUCAGUCUGGAAGGGGUGCUCGGAUCCUCGGACUCCAUUAUGCCGCGCGCUGUAUCAUUGGAUGGCAUUGCGAUUAUGCUCGUGCGUGUGGAAUGGAGUGGAGAAGCAGCAGGAGGGGAGGCAAGAGGGGAUGUAGGAGUGGAGGCAAGAGGGGAUGCAGGAGGGGAAGCAGGAGGGGAGGGGCAGGAGGAAGGACGAACAAGUGUUUCUGCAGCAGCUGCAGAGGCGCUGGUAUUACCGGUGGGAAGCAACAAGCACUUAGGAAAGUACGUGGAUAUUCUCACAGAGGCACAGGCAGCACAAGCGGACAAGUUUGAAGCAUGGAGAGAGGUAGUUGAUUCUUUCAGCACUGCUAUGCAAACCAGCGAGAUCUCCUUUUCUGAGGCCAUUGAGGUGAAGCGAGAAGGGGGCGAGAGUGCUGUGGAUCGGAUCACCGUCAGUUUCAGGAAGAUCAGGUUCGGGAUCUCGGUGUGCCGAUCCUUCUCUGCUGUUAUCCGCGCGUGCAGAGCGGCCGUGGAGUGGGAGGACAAGCUGAUGAGCUCAUCUGACGCUGCUGGCCGUGCGGCAGGGUUCUUUGCCCCGGAGUUGGAUGUUGGAGAAGAGGAGGGGGGUGCGGAUGGGGAAGAGGAAGAAGGAGAUGAAUUUAUGGAUGCCAUGUUACCUGAUGAAGCCUUGCCUGAGAGUGCGCUGGGAGGGGUGCAGACCGGUGCAGUGGAGGCACGUUUAGUGGCCCUGACCAGGCUGGAUUCGCUGGUAGAAAAGCUCAAGGACGCCACGCUUGCCAUGUGUGCUGAUGUAAAAAGCAUUUGCCAACUCAGGGUUGGUGCGAGCACUGCUCCUGCAGCAUGGGGGGUUGAUUCUGCACCAGCAGCAGCAACAGCAGCAGAUAGAAGAUUAGGAGGAGGGGCAGCAGAAGCAUCUCAGUGGGCAGAAAGUACACUAGAAGAUGGAGGGCCAUCGGAGGCGGCAGUUUGGGAGGCGGCAGCAGGGGAGGCAGCAGCAGGGGAGGCAGCAGCAGGGGAGGCAGCAGCAGGGGAGGCAGCAGCAGGGGAGGCAGCAGCAGGGGAGGCAGCAGCAGGGGAGGCGGCAGCAGGGGAGGCAGCAGCAGGGGAGGCGGCAGCAGGGGAGGCGGCAGCAGGGGAUGCGGCAGCAGGGGAGGCGGCAGGGGAAGUGGCAGCUAGGGAGGCGGCAGCUGGGGAAAUGGAACCAGGGGGUGGGAAACUUAGCUGCAGCAAGUCAGGAGGCAAGCAUUUUAAGGGAUGCCAGUCAGCAAUCCCCGUGCAAGUGUUGUGCCCUCCACUGGAAUGCUUGAUUUUGCAAUCGCUCGCCUUCGUUAGUUUUCGUAUUCUUUGGCUGCCUAGUUCCAUCCCCUGCGCAUCUCCUCACAUGUACCUCUUCCCACCCCUUCCAUCACCCCCGUCCUAUUCUUGUCACACUUCCUCCUCCUCCUGCUCUUCCUUCUCCUCCUCCUCUGCCCCAGUCCCAAGCACUCAGCCAAUGUCCUUUCAUUCCAUUGCUAGAGCGGCGGUUUUUGGACAGCUCAAGCGCCUUGCGCUGUUGAACUGCUUAGGGUUGGAGGAGGAGGAGUGGAUCGAACUGCUUGCCGUCUGCGCUAAGUUGGAGGAGCUUAGGGUGGAACAAAAUGACACAUUUUCAGAUGCAGUUGUGGCGAGAAGCAGACUGGAGACGCUCACUAGUUUGACGGUGGUCAUGUGUAAGAAGAUUUCAGCAGCAGGCAUUGGAGGGGUCCUUGGAAGCUUCCCUAAAUUGCGGUACUUGAAGGUGGGAGCAGGGAAGGUAUCAGAAAGGGCUCGGAGGGAGUUGCUUCGUGCUGGUGUGAUUGUAAGGGGGGUGUGA